CUCAGGAUCGGAUCAAGAUAAACCGAUCCGCCCCCUUUUAUUUAAACGAAUAUCUUCUGAACCAACCUCGCGAGUGCAAUAUACACUUUCAAUCUUAAACCCUAGGUAGCGGCAUCGCUAGGGUUUUGGGAAAGGAGAAAGAGAAUGUUGAGGAGAAACAUUAGGUUGAGGAGGGAGUAUCUCUAUCGGAAAAGUUUAGAGGGAAAGGAGCGUCUGCUCUACGAGAAGAAGCGCAAAAUUCGCGAAGCAUUGGAAGAGGGGAAGCCUAUUCCUACGGAGCUCAGGAACGAAGAGGCGGCCCUACGACAAGAAAUUGAUCUCGAGGAUGAACAUACCGCCGUUCCCCACUCAACGAUUGAUGAUGAGUAUGCAAAUGCUGCUGACAGAGAUCCAAAAAUUUUGCUUACCACAUCACGUAAUCCAAGUGCUCCUCUUACACAGUUUGUCAAGGAAUUGAAGUUUGUGUUUCCAAAUGCACAGCGAAUGAAUCGUGGUGGUCAGGUUAUAUCAGAGAUACUUGAAACCUGCCGGUCACAUGAUUUUACGGAUGUUAUUUUAGUUCAUGAACAUCGUGGGGUGCCGGAUGGUAUUAUCAUAAGCCACCUACCCUUUGGUCCAACUGCAUACUUUGGAUUACUCAAUGUGGUCACGAGGCAUGAUAUCAAGGACAAGAAAGCCAUUGGAACGAUGCCUGAAGCUUACCCCCAUUUGAUUCUUAACAACUUCUCUACUAAGCUUGGCCAGCGGACCGCAAACAUCUUGAAGUAUCUUUUCCCCGUACCCAAGCCAGAUACAAAGCGCAUUAUCACUUUUGCGAAUCAGUCAGAUUAUAUAUCUUUCAGGCACCAUAUCUAUGAGAAACGUAGCCCGAAAGCAGUUGAUCUAAAAGAGAUUGGCCCACGCUUUGAAUUGAGGCUCUAUCAGAUAAAGCUGGGGACAAUGGAUCAAGACGAAGCGCAAACAGAAUGGGUUAUAAGGCCUUACAUGAAUACAACCAAAAAGCGCAAGUUUCUUGGGGAAUGAAUGGUGUACUAUUCUCUUAUAUCAUGAUGAUAUGAUUUAGUAAGUUAGAAUAUUAUUAUUGUUUAUUGUCAAUGAUAUUUAUAUUCAUUUAAUUAACUAAAUACGAUGCAUGCAAAUUUUGGUAGCCCAUAAGAAAUUGUGCUGAAUGGACUUCUUAAGAGGUA